ACUAGAACUAGUAGCAAAUAACGCAUAGGCGCAAGUUUUCAUGCGCAGUGGACUCCCCAUUUUCCUGGUCGAUCGUGGUUUUCCAUUUAGUUUUUCAGCUGAUCACGCUUUCUGCAGCCGCAUCGCAGACUGUCCGUGCCGUGGGUCAUGUGCGAAACUGUCGCAGCGUAGUGAAAUCGCUGAGUGAUUGUGUUGUGUAGUUGUUUAGCUAGUGCCAGUGAUAAUGUUUUCAGGGCUUACGAAUCAGGUCAGUUCGUGGAUGGGGGCUGCGAAGGGCGAGCCUCAAGAUGAGGAAGUGCCCACCCCCACGAAGGAGGCGACAGGGGAGGCCGCCGCCGCAGCGGAGGGCGAAAAACAGAGCCCUACAAAGGGAGGCAGCAAACUGGACUUAAUCACCAACGUUAAGUCUCAGAUGACGGGCUGGCUUGGUUCCGGAAUCCCCAUCCCUGGACUUAGGAAAAACGAGGCUGCCCCGUCAGACACCGAGCCCGUACCAGCAGAACCCGCCCCUGAGGCCGAGCCCAAACCGGAAGGGAAGGACGAUGACGAUAACUCUAGGUAUAAUAGCGCCACCGGGGGUGCCGACAGCCGGCCGGCGUCCACUGGUGGGACCCCCACCGAGGAGCAACCGGCUGGGGUUGGGAACGUUCCAGGUCAACAGAAUAAAAAGUUGUUUUCCGUUGAUGCUAUCGAGGUUCCAGACAUGCAAGAGUUGACCACCAAGGCAGUGGCCGGCGCCAAGUCGCUCGGCAACUUCCUGUACUCCGCUGUCAACAAGGCCGGAGCCAAGGUCAGCGAGGCCAGCGCUAAGAUCAAGAAGACCGUCGAGGAGAACGUGAGUAGAACCUUCUAGAUUCCCUCUAGCAUU